AGAAGAAGAAGAAGAAGAAGAAAAAGAAGAAGAUACCUCCUCCGCUGCUCGGUCAUCCCUGAGAGCCGCUCAGAUACCGGGAGGCCGCUGUGUCGCCGAGCGCGCUCUCCGUCACUGCAGUCGAGGUUCCCAGGACGGCUUUCUCACCGAUAAGGUCUCCAGCUCGGCAGUCUUUAAUUAAAAGUGGAUCAUUGUGUGGUUAAUAAGUCCUCCGCUUUCUAAUUAAGUCUUUUUCUCUGUUCACACUGUAACAUGUGAGGUCUCUCGGAGACGGAGCGAGCGAAGCGCAUUUCACAGCGCCGGAAUCAACAGCCUCAGCCUGGAGUGUCUUCACAAGCCGGCUUUUUACAAGUUCUUGCAAACGGCUGAUUAAAAUAAGCGGCAGGCCUCUGCUCACAGCCUCCCACAGCGACUUAACACCAUCUCCUCUGCAGACGUCGUGCCACAUCUGAGGCCGGUGGAAUUUAAUAUCGUGGCUUCUAAAUUCACGUCGCCACCGAAGAUUCCAGGCAUUUUCCCCCCAAAUCCUCCUCUGGCCUGACGGACCCACCAGCCCAUCGCCAUGAACUACCUCCGCCGGCGCCUGUCAGACAGCAGCUUCGUGGCCAACCUGCCCAACGGCUACAUGAUGGACCUGCAGAGGCCAACCCCUGCGGGCUCCUCCACCUCCUCCACCUCCUCCCCGGCCUCCCCGGCCACGGAGAGACGGCAGCCGCCGAGCGUCCCGCCGCCGGCCUCCAACCCGGCCCUGGGCGCCGCCCCGGGCGUUGCCCCAAGCCCUGCCCCAAGCCCCGCCCCGAUCACCGCACCGGCUCCGGGCGCGGGAGGGUUCCUCAGCUCCUUCUCCAGCGUGGUGAAGAGCGCUCAGAUGGCCCAGAACGUCGCCGCCGCCGCUCACGCCAAGUCGGUGGCCGCGGCGGCCGGAGGAAGCGGUCAGCCCCCGAAACCUGUCGUACGCAAGCCCAAGAUCCUGCUGGUCAUCGAUGACCAGCACACAGACUGGGCAAAGUUUUUUCGAGGGAAGAAACUUAACGGAGAAUAUGAGAUCCGGGUGGAGCAGGCGGAGUUCUCGGAGAUCAACCUGGCCUCCUACGUCAACUCGGGAUGUAUGGUGGACAUGCAGGUCAACAAAGGUGGCACCAGAGUGGUCAGGUCCUUCAAGCCGGACUUCGUCCUGGUCCGCCAGCACGCCUACAGCAUGGUGCCCGGGGAGGAUUUCCGGAACCUUGUGAUCGGCCUGCACUUCGGAGGCGUCCCGGGCAGCAACUCUCUCUUCUCAAUCUACAACUUCUGCAGCAAACCGUGGGUGUUUUCUCAGAUGAUAAAGCUCUACCACUCCCUCGGCCCUGAGAAGUUCCCCCUGAACGAACAAACCUUCUAUCCCAAUCACACGCAGAUGGUUACAAGCCCUUCCUACCCCGUGGUCAUCAAGAUGGGGCAUGCUCACGCCGGCAUGGGAAAGAUCAAAGUAGAAAACCAACAAGACUUCCAGGAUAUCACUAGUGUGGUGGCUCUGGCUGGGACCUACGCCACCACCGAGCCCUACGUCCGGUCCAAGUACGAUAUCCGCAUCCAGAAGAUCGGCAACAACUACAAGGCGUACAUGAGAACGUCCAUCUCCGGGAACUGGAAGGCAAACACAGGCUCUGCCAUGUUGGAACAGAUCGCAAUGACAGACAGAUAUCGGCUGUGGGUGGACUCCUGCGCAGAGAUGUUUGGUGGCCUAGACAUCUGUGCGGUGAAGGCCGUCCACGGAAAAGACGGCAACGACUAUAUCAUCGAGGUGAUGGACAGCUCCAUGCCACUGAUCGGUGAGCACGUGCAGGAGGAUAAGCAGCUGAUCACAGAGCUGGUCAUCAAUAAGAUGACCCAGGUGCUUCUGGGAGUGUCCACACCUCAGCCCUCCUCUGUCAAGACCGCACAACCCAGGCGAGCAGGGGGACACCACUCCGCCUCCGCCUCUCCAUCUCAGUCGGCCCAGGGUUCCCCUCAGCGAGCCCGAUCCGCCUCCACCUCACCCAGCCAGGCCUUCCAGCCCGGUCCGCUCCCCCCCGCCGCCGGGCCCGGCGCUCCUAAACCGUCGCCUCAGCUGAACAAGUCCCAGUCGCUGACCAACACCUUCACAGAGACGUUGCGAGGAAGCGUGACCGACGAUGAGGCCAAAGCCGAGACCAUCCGCAGCCUCCGACAGUCCUUCGCCAGCCUCUUCUCCGACUAAAGGCCUCCCGGGGGGCUUCCUCCUUCCCGCCGUUGUCAGGUUUGAAAGAAGAAAAAAAACCUGACCGGUUGAUCUGUUGUGGAGUCUCCCUCCCUCCUCAGAGCCCUUCCUGCUCCUUCCUUUUCCGUCUCACCGUUUGUGAAUUUUAACACCUGGUGCCACGCUCUCCCGUCAGAUCAAUGAUUGAUCUAUCACUAGAAAGGCCAAUAGAUGAGAGCUACGCCGUGGAUGUCAAACUUUAAAUGGACUUGUUUGUCCUCCUGACAGCCGGGAGGUCCAUCCCCAAAAUACAACUUUUACUCAGAUUGAUGAAUGUGAGUGUUUUAUCUUUGCUGUUCCUUCCAGUCAGGACCGGUUGUAGGCAUUGAUUGUUUUCAAGAAUCUCGUUGUUUUAUUUUUGUGAGUUUAAUGUUAAAACAAAAAUUUACAGCAUCGAUAGAAACAUUUGAAUUGCCUCUAGAAUUUGGCCUUUCUAGUGAUAGAUUAUUUUAAUAAGUAAUCAUCUUUGUAUAUGGUUGUCGUUCUGCAUUCUGUUUGUCAACUUGUGAAACUGUUUUUUAUUUUAUUUAUUUGGUUCUUAUUAAUUUAAAAUAUAUGUACAUAUAUAUUAAUACAAUUAUGUAUUGAUGAAAUCAAUUGACCCACAGCAUCCUUACUGUUUGAAGAUGUCUAAGGCAAUAUUCUUAUUUAAAGCUGUUCCAGUCUGCUCAUGAAUAAUGUACUGAAUCCUCAAGGUUCACCAGCGAUUUUAAACAGCCGCAUUUCUCAGAUGUCCAUGUGAAUAUCACCCAUAUUGGCUCACACAGCGAAUCCUCUAACCAACACUACCAAAGUGCUUUUUGAUAAAAACACAACAGCCCCCCCCCUCUUGCCGCUGCAGUGGGUGAAGAAAAGAAUCACACAGCGAAGCAACCUUUGAGCUUGUGAUUUCACAAAGUGCACAAGGUGCAGGCGCUGUACUGGCUUACAGCCAUUGUCUUCCAUCACGGCUCAGAUCUUCCCCUGUAGUUCUUCUUAGUGUUCACGGUUGGCUUUCUGUGGGGAACUUGUAUCCAAAAGACUACUGCUGUGUGUGUAAAGGUGAACAGUGAGGAUGUAUCGUGGGACUUUUAACAUGCUUGAAUUUCUACUGAGAUGGAAAGGAGAUUUGCUCGUGUCACAUCACAUCUUUAUUCUCCUUUAUAGAGAUUAUCAUCAUUGUUUUGUUUUUUUGUUCUUGGCCAUCUGCAUUGGUUGGUGCCAAAACUUCCUCUUUCAUCACGCUUUUGAAUUGCAUGUAAAUGUUAAGUGAAUGUCACACGUACAGUUGUUAUUUUCUAAGGCUGUGAACUCAUCUGUUAUACAAAGACAUCUGUAAGCAAUGGUUACACUAUUUUAUGGGUGCUGCGGUUUCUUAAUAAUUUCCCAAGAAUAUAAAUAUAAAAUAUAAACUAUGUUGACUUUAUGUAUUUGAUGGGAGAGAAUUUUAAGCUACCUGUGGCUUUAUUUGACCAUGUACAAAGUAUGAACACUGUCAACAUUUUCCCUAAAAUUAGCACUGAAUUAAGGUCUUUUAAAGGAAAAUUGGAAUUUAAAGGAAAUAAUUAAAAAGACGGUAAAAUUGUCAACAAGAUUUUCUCUCUUAAAAAAAAAAGAGAUGGACGGUAUAAUUGUCGUUUCAUUCAGAUAACAAUCAUAUAAUGUGUAAUCUCAUCAGAUUGGCAGAAAGGCUCUAUAGUUAUCUGUGCUGCAAACUGAAUACGUCUAUCACGUUUUUCAUUCAGAAAGAAGUAGUAAAAAGGAGUAAAAACAUUAUAAUAGUUAUAAUACAAAUUUCCUCCUAUUUUUGUCCAAAUUGUUUAUUUGGACAUGUGUGAGAAGUGUAUGAUUACUGAUAAUAAGGUUGAUGGUUUUAAUAAUAAUUCCCCCCAUUUUUAGGUAAAUCUCAUUCAAGUGCAUGAAGCUGUAUAAAUAUAAAAGUGUUGUGAAAGGGUGCACAUGUGUGUGACGUUGAAGUUGUAAAUGUAUGAUUAAUAAUGAUUCUACCACAAAAAAGAACUGCACAUUAUUUGCAAUAAUUACGUUGAUCAUAAGACAAGAUAAUUUAAUUUUAAACUAUGAAGCUUCUGUCUUUGAGCGAGGCCCUUUUUUUUACCAUGCUUUCAUUUGAUACUUUGCUAGUCUCACUGGUGCAAAGAUAAAUAUAUUAAAUAUUAUUUGUUAAAUAAAUAUGUGCUAUUAUGUGUGACUGACUAUGUGCGCAAAAUACACACGACGGUGUGCUUAACUAAAAAACGUAUCAAGCAAUCAUAUCAAAAGGAGGGGAAAUAAUGUUAUUUUUUCAUUAGUGGGUGGAGCCACAAAUUACAGUUGUUACGCUAAUGAUUGGUUUGCUAAGUCCCGCCUUUUUAGUUACUGUUGCUGCUAGGUCUGGAAAAUCGCGCAAGACUCGCUGCCCGGCGACAAAUCUUAAUCUUAACCAAUCAAGGUCAAUGCCUUAUCUCAAAGGUGCAAUAACUACAAUUCAUACACGUGAGCGUGUCUCAACGCUGUUCGCUCUGUUGUUGUCCACUGGCUCGUAGCGUUCGCCAAUUCGAAGUUUACUCUCUUGUCCAAAACCGUUCACCAUUCAAUGAUGUUCAAUAUGCACCUGAUGGCUCCAUACUUGAUAUUGUGCCAAAAAUUCUAAAUGUUAAAGCCUUUAAGAUGGCUUUCGCAUAUACAAUGCUAUAUGCCUGUGUUGGCAGGGGUUUAUUCCCCCUAUCUAAUAUAAAGUAGGACAGACGCUAAUGUUAGCCUUCACUUCAUGUAGCAUGCAGAAUUAGCUUCACCCGGGGGGCAAGGGAACAUUGUGCAUUUUGUGCGUCUUUGGCAGUGCCGCCCCGCCUGGUUACGGUUGCCAACAUUAGACAAACGCUGUUCAGGGGUUUGGGUUUAGAGAUUGGUCAUCUUGCACAAUCAGGAAGUCUGUGCUAGUGAUAUUUUCCUUUAUUGUCGUGGGGAUGGUUUGAAAGAGGCAAAAUUUUGAUCCGCAGUCAUUUCUAGUGUCUUGUUAUUGAGCACUUUUGCAAGCCUUCCAUCACCUUUGGCAUCCCGUCAAAAUGGUCCAAAUUAGUUUAACAUUGCGAGACCCGCUUGAAGGUGUAAAUCACGUUGUUUUGUCUUUGUUGUAAAGACACCUACCACUUAGUAUAUAAUACUGCAGUGUAAUAAGCCAUAUAUAAACCUUAAGGAUUUACUAUCCCUUCAAUGCGACGCAAUAAUGGCUAUGAUGUCACCAAUAUAUUGAUUUAAAUCACUGUGCCCAUUCACUUUAAAGACGUUAGGAGGCCUGUCCUGCGCUUUUUGAGUCAGUAACUCAUAAAUCAUUAACCACGCAGCUUAGGUGUGUUUUGCCAGUACUUCUCUCAGGACGACAGAUGUCCCCAGUGUAGAUUUGCUUUUUAUUUCAGCUGUUGCCAAUUUGCCAACAAACCCUAAUACUUUUGAUUUGACUCUAUUGGAACAGAGCUGCAAAGGCGAUGAGUAACUACCUCAAGUUCAGCAGUGCUCUGCAAUAACUGACUCUAGUGUGGUAGUACCGGAAAACAUUUUGUGAAAUGAGACACCCAUGUUAGUGCCCCAUCAGAGGAGAGGGAUUAGUUUGUGAAAAGUGACGUCACGCUGAGGAAGAUGGCAGCGAAGCUGUCCUGCAACAUCCAGCCAUAUUCUGCAGGAUGGAGACUAUGAAUGCCUUGCAUGUAACAACUAGCACAGUGGUCCCCAACCGCACGUUAAGAGGACAAUUGUAAACGUGAAGAAAAACGCUCGGUGACACUUGGGAAAUAUGUCAAGAGGGACGAGUGCACAUAAUUAGGAGAGAAUCCGGUUAAUUUUCAAAAAAUUUCAAAACAAAAAAAAAUAGUCUUUCUGUGGUGCGGGCCGGUACCAAAUGGCCCACGGACCGGUACCGGUCCGCUGCCGGGUGGUUGGGGAUCACCGCACUAGCACAUUAUCACCCCCUCUCCCCAAAUUUGUAGGUCUUUUUAAGUACUUUCAUUUGAUAGUAGGCAAACAACAGUUGUGUACAUUCACAACAGGUUUAUCUGGCCUUUGUUACCUGUUUUUGUUUUGUUCUGCGGUGGACAUCAGAGCAACAAGUCUGAAAGGAAUUCUCCCACCAAUAAGACAAUGAAGCUAAUUUCCAGCCGGCCUCCUGAUGCUUUUAACACCGGAAAACCUUCUCUAUCUCUCUAAAAAAACAAUUUAUGUUGUCACACAUGCCGCAUCCCUGUUCUAUUACAGUGGGCUCUCAUUUCACAAAAUUUCAAAAAAGUUUUCACUUCACUUUCACUUCGCUUUCUUAUGUUUAAAAAUCAGUUCAAAAUGAUGAUGAAUGAUGUGACAUUUCUGGAUCAGGGCCAUUUUCUUCUAUGUUUACUCUCUUUCAUUACGUUUUCUUCUUCUUUCAGCCACGAGGUGGUUGAGUGAGGAGCUCCGCUUCAAAUGUGGUGUUUCUAAAUGAGAGGCAAAAUAUCAUUGCACUGGUUUAGUUGCUGAUCCUUCAGUCCACUGUUCCCCCUCCUCUCUGCUGAAUGGUGGAUGGUGUUGUACGGUAUUUUAAGUGUAUAAACGUUCUGUAAAUGUGGCAUGAAAACCAACCCCCUCUUGUGUGCCUCAGGUUGUCAAGUGAUCUUAAUGUCUGGCUGCUUAAUUGUGAGACGUGCGUUGCAUCUCAUGUAUUCUUGUAAUUUCUGAGUGUUGAGACAAUUUUGUUCUCUGUAUUUUUUGUUAUUUUGUCUGAAAACCAAGAUUUCUGUUAUUAAAAGGUACCAACUUUUAUUAUA